AUGAGGGGCAAUCCACCAGUGAUUCGACAACAACAAGACAAGAGGCAAUCCUUGGAGGAUCUACUUGCAAAGUACAUCACCAUGACUGAGAUGGUAAUGCAGAAUCAACAGGCUUCUAUACAUAACUUAGAAAAUCAUAUGGGACAGAUAGCAGCUGCAUUAGCCAACAAACCACAGGGUGCCUUGUCGAAUGACACAGAGAAGAACCCACGGGAGCAGGUAUUAGCAGUUGAGGUGGUAAAUUAUGCAACUAUUGAGCUCCCAUCACUCACAUCCACCAUCCCUGUCAAGGCUUAUGCGCCACCUUUUCCAUUCCCUCAAAGACUCCAACGCCAGCCAACAGUGGAGCCUGUUCAAGCCAUCACUACUAAGAGUGGUGUUCAAUUGCCUGAAAUCACUACAAAGAGGAAGGAGAUAGAGAGAACUCAAACGCCUGGUAAGGGUAAGGAACCAAUGGAGCAGUCUGAAGAAGCAAUAGAAAAGGGCCAACUGAUAGUUUCAGACAGUCAACAGCUUAAGACAAAGGUUCCUAGCACUUCACCGAUACAUCCAGUCCCUUUUUCUCAAAGGUUGCAGAAAACCAAGUUGGAAAAGCAAGCUAUGAAAUUCCUAAAGGUCCUCAAAAAGCUGCAUGUUAACAUCCUAUUCAUUGACCCUAUAAUUCAAAUCCCAAAUUAUUCUAAUUUUUUGAAAGAGAUGCUGACUAAAGAGAUGAAGAUGCCUGAGCAUGAAACAAUAAUACUAUCUAAAGAGUGCAGCAUGAUCAUCCAGCACAGGAUCCAUCCUAAACUAAAAGAUCCAGAGAGUUUCACUCUACCCUGCUCCAUAGGAAACUUACAAGUUAUUAAUUGUUUAAUAGAUUCAGGAGCAAGUAUUAACUUAAUUCAUUUGUCUCUUUAUGGAAAUUUGGGAUUGGGAGAUCCUAAGGAGGCUUCUAUCAUCCUUCAGCUGGCGGACAGUUCGCUUAAACAUUCCUAUGGAAUAGUCGAGGACAUGCUCAUCAAGAUGUGA